CAUGCAUUACGUAUAGAAGAACAUACAAAACACUCUUUCUUCAUCUAACAUACAAACUUUCCCCACUCCGGACCAAAUUACGAAAUGGAGGCGUCGUUCAUUAGAUCUCUACCGUCCGCCGGAAACUUCGCCAACCUCUUGCCCACCGGAACCGCCCUCAUAUUCGAAACCCUACUACCGUCUUUCUCCAAUGGCGGCGAGUGCAACAAUAAACCCGCCAAUAAACUCCUCACCAUUUCCCUCAUCUCCUUUUGCGCCGCGGCUUGCUUCUUCUCCUCCUUCACCGACUCAUAUGUAGGCCAAGAUGGCCGCAUUUACUACGGAAUUGCCACCUCGAAUGGUCUCUACAUCCUCAACGACUGUCCCAACGACGGUUAUGAUCCGGAAUCCGGCUUAACGGCUGACAAGAAAAGGAGAUACAAGCUGAGUUUUGUGGAUUUCGUGCAUGCUUUCGUGUCAGUGGUUGUGUUCUUGGCGUUAGCCGUAGAGAGUUCGGAUUUUCGGAAGUGUUUGCUCCCGGAGAACGAUGAAAACAGUUGGGGUGGUCAUUUCGUACUUUUGAUUAAGUAUUUUGCGGUUAUGGUGUUGACAAUGGCGAGCUUCUUCUUUGCUAUCUUUCCCUCAAAACGGAGAGGCAUCGGAUAUACGGACAUUCGUUGAUUCAUAACAUUUGUUUGUGUAUAUAUGUACCUAUAUGGUCUAAACCACCACUUUGAAGUAAGUGUUAAUAACGAAUAAAUAUGUUGGAUAUGU